AUCAAAAGGUUAUUGCAGAGAAUAGGCCAAGAUGUUAAUUGAUGGGGAAAAGGCAAAAAAGAUUGAUUGAUUGUAUUAUUAAAACUAUAUGAAUGUAGAGUUUUUCCGUGUGAACGGUGGAGGAGGAAACAAAAAUGCAUUUUUUUAGAAUGCUUCGAAAUGAGGAGACGGACAUUGACUAUUUGUAAAAAGUUUUAAAUUUGUGCUGAAACUUCCAUUGGUAGCAGCACUACAAGUGUGAAAAUUGUGUAUAAUUGGAUUGCGGUACAUUCAAGGCAAUCUGUUUCCCGGCUAUCUCUUUGUUAACAUGGCGUUCGAAUUUUCAUACAAUGUCGCAACAAGCGAUAUAAAAAGCUUCACAUUUCUACAUGAAUUGUUUUUUGCAGUUUGGCCUCCAGAUUGUUAUUAUUAGCCCAUAAAAAAGAAAGGUUGAACUAAUUAUAUCAUAAAAUCGAAUAUAUUUGCAGUCUGACAACUCUUUGGAAUCAUUCUAGACUUAUAUUUUCCCAGUAAACCAAGUCUUCUAUUGUACCCUUUUCUUCUCUAUACAUAAUUCUUCCCGAUCGACACGGUUUCUACAUGUGUAGGGAAUAUCUCCUGAUUCGACUCUUUCCCCCGUACUAUUCUGCAAUUCUUUUACAUCAAAUAUUGUAUCUGAAAGCGUUAUUAAAAUUAUUGAACAUAGUUUGCGAAUUCAGAAUUUUUUUACUUCUUACGGGUGAGAUGUGAGUUACACUGUUUACCGCCGGUUGGAAUGUGAAACACGAACGAUUACAAUCUAAAAUUUUAAGAUCUAUUUUUCAAUUUAUUUAUCUAGCGGUGUGUUCUCAUUCAUUCGAAAAAUUCGUCUGCAGUACUUUCAAUAGUGAGGUGUAGGUAGGAAAGACGCGAUAACAUUAGUAAUUUAUCUUAGAUAGUAUGAGCAGAUAAAACAAGAAGUAAUUUCCGCAUUUAAGAAAGAAAAAUUAAUAAAACUAAUAGCAAGGAAAUGGAUUAAGACAUUAAUGAAAAGAGAGGUUUUUAUAAAUAAAGUCAAACAAAUAAUUAUUAUUUGUUAACCUAAUUUUAUUACAAGGAAAUCGUUUGUAAGCAAAUUCAAGUUCUUCGACCCGACACAAACAUGCAUAACUAACCGGCUUUCUCUGUUGACACAUUUCGUCAUUCUGUUUAUUUGCAUCCUUAUUAUCAUAUUUUCAUGUUCAUAUUAAAUAAAUGAAAUUUAUAUAAAAGCUUUGCCAUCUGCAUAUGAAUGCAUUUCAAAUGAAAUUGAAAAACAUGAAAGUUUCACUGAUAUUUCUUGCAGGUAUUCACAAAUCGAAUAAAUGAUAGUUUCGUACCGCGUUAAAGAAAUUUUCUUUUAUUUUAUUCCAUAACAGUUCUCCUCUGUUACGCUGAGGCGGGAAAAACACAACUUUUGUGCACCAUCGUGCCGUAUAUGAAUAGUCAGCCACAUCAAUACUUUACGACGAAGCCGACACCUAAACGAUCUAUGAAAGAUUGUGAUUUGCUGUGCACUAAGUUUAAUUUUGAUCCGGUUUGCGCUACCAAUGGCUUUUGCGUUCACGAAUUUGCAAAUCAAUGUGUUUUGGAUGUUUUCAAUUGCCAGCAUCCUACCAAACGAUUUAUGGCAACCAAGGAUGAAAGAUGUCGUAUGCAUUGGCUGAAACGCUGUGAUCCCGAUGAGGUGGCCUUGAUUUAGUUAAAGGCAUACAUCUUGGACACUAAUGAGGAACGA